AUUCCCACUGUGGGGUUUUGCCUGGAAAGAAGAGUGCACGAAGAUCUCCCAACAGGAUCGCAUGGUCAAGAGCCGCGGGAGUCUCUUCUGAUCCCCUGGCGAGAGCUACCAGCAUUCCCUGGCUCCGCGUAGGCUGCACGACAAUAUUUUGCAAACUACCGGUCGAGUCCCAGGAGAGUGUCAGGUCCCUUGCGCGACCCCGUAGUCACACCACGCCCUCGCCUCAUUCCCAGGAAGUGCGCCCGCCGUAGGAGCGGAAGUACACACCACUCGGGGGUUGUGGGAACCGCAGUUCCGGGAUGGUGGGCGGCGGUGGCGGCUCUGGUGGCGGUGGGCGCGGCGGGCUUCUCGAGAACGCCAACCCCCUCAUCUAUGAGCGCUCCGGGGAGCGGCCAGUGACGGCGGGCGAGGAAGACGAACAGGUGCCCGACAGCAUCGAUGCCCGCGAGAUCUUCGAUCUCAUUCGGUCCAUUAAUGACCCCGAGCAUCCGCUGACACUAGAGGAAUUGAACGUAGUAGAGCAAGUUCGGAUUCAGGUUAGCGACCCCGAGAGCACAGUGGCCGUGGCUUUCACACCCACCAUUCCACACUGCAGCAUGGCCACGCUUAUUGGCCUAUCAAUCAAAGUCAAGCUUCUGCGGUCCCUUCCCCAGCGCUUCAAGAUGGAUGUGCACAUUACACCCGGGACCCACGCCUCGGAGCAUGCAGUGAACAAACAACUUGCAGAUAAGGAGCGAGUGGCAGCUGCCCUGGAGAAUACCCACCUACUAGAGGUCGUUAAUCAAUGUCUGUCAGCCCGCUCGUGAGCCAGGCUUUUGACCACCAGCCUGCACACAGGUGUCCUGGCCUCUGCUCCACCAAGAGCUUGUGGCUUUGUUUUCUUGGAUCACUGACAAUGAGAAACUUAACAUUUUUCAUUUUGUAAUAAACCCUUAAUUUAUAUUCAUU